CGAGCCGCCGCGGCUGCGGACUCCGGGAGCCGGCGCCGGGGAGCGGGGAGCGGGGAGCGCCGGCCGCGGUUUGGAAGAUGACACACAACACGGUUGGCUUUUUCUCUGGCAGCGGACCAGCGAGUGGAAAAGUAUGACACGAGUUUGAUGUUUGUGUCUGCUUCCCCAAGGCCAAGAAAUUAUCUCCUUAGAAGGCAACAGUACUAUGCAUGUUAUGAAUUGUGUCUCCUUGGUCAGCGAUAAAGAAAAUGGGACUAUUGGCCCAGGAGCUGGAUUCAUGAUUGGGCAGACACCACCGCCGCCCCCUCCUCCUCCUCCACCCCCUCCACCUCCACCAUGUCUGCAUUCAGGGGAGGGGUUUCCUCCCUCUCCUCCUCCUCCCCCCCCACCUCCACUCCCCGGGGGGCCUCCGCCCCCACCUCCCCCUCCGGGACUACCCCCAGCCUCUCACAUGAAUGGCUACAGCCACCUUGGGAAGAAAAGGCGGAUGAGAAGCUUUUUUUGGAAAACCAUUCCAGAGGAGCAAGUUCGUGGCAAAACCAACAUCUGGACUUUGGCCGCCAGGCAGCAGCAUCACUACCAGAUUGAUACAAAGACCAUUGAGGAACUCUUUGGGCAGCAAGAAGAUACUACCAAGUCUUCCCUUUCUAGGAGAGGAGGAACUUUAAAUUCAUCCUUCCGGGAUGCUAGGGAAGAGAUUACUAUCGUGGAUGCAAAACGGAGCAUGAACAUUGGGAUAUUUCUUAAGCAAUUUAAGAAGUCUCCUCAGUCCAUUGUAGAAGAUAUUCAUCAAGGAAAGAGCGAGCAUUAUGGAUCAGAGACAUUGCGAGAAUUUCUGAAGCUUCUGCCGGAGUCAGAGGAGAUAAAGAAAUUAAAAACAUUUAGUGGAGAUGUGUCCAAGUUGUCCCUGGCGGACUCCUUUCUGCACUACCUGAUUCAGGUGCCAAACUAUUCACUUCGGAUUGAAGCCAUGGUGCUAAAGAAGGAAUUUUUACCUUCUUGUUCUUCUCUAUACACAGACAUAACAAUUCUAAGAACUGCUACAAAAGAACUGAUGUCAUGUGAGGAGCUACAUUCAAUAUUACACUUGGUGCUACAGGCAGGGAAUAUCAUGAAUGCAGGAGGGUAUGCUGGCAAUGCAGUAGGAUUUAAACUGUCUUCUUUGCUCAAAUUGGCAGACACAAAAGCAAACAAACCUGGGAUGAAUCUUCUGCACUUUGUUGCACAGGAAGCCCAAAAGAAAGAUGCUGUUCUUUUAAACUUUUCUGAAAAAUUGCAUCACGUUCAGGAGGCUGCUAGAUUAUCUCUGGAUAACACAGAGGCCGAGCUGCACUCGCUCCUUAUCAGGACCAGAUCUCUGAGGGAAAACAUUCAGCGGGAUGGUGAACUUUGUCAGCAGAUGGAAGAUUUCCUUCAGUUUGCCUUGGAAAAGCUGACGGAGCUAGAGCACUGGAAGCAGGAGCUCCAGGACGAGGCCCACACCCUUAUAGAUUUCUUCUGCGAAGACCAAGAAACCAUGAAACUGGACGAGUGCCUUCAGAUCUUUCGAGACUUCUGUGUCAAAUUCAACAAAGCAGUUAAGGACAACCACGACCGGGCUGUGCAGGAGCUGAGGCGGCUGCAGCGGCUGAAGGAGCUGGAACAGAAGCGUCGCUCCUGGGCAGCUGGGGAGCUUGGGGGAUUUUGCCGGAGCAGCAGUGAGAAUGACGUGGAACAGCUGACCAAGAAGGGCACAGAGGACCUGCCCCCCUUCCUGCAACCCAGGCCCGUCAGCCCCUCCUACCGACCUCCUAACACCCGCCGCUCCCGCCUUUCCCUGGGUGCUUUCGCUGACCGGGAGCUGCUGACCUUCCUGGAAAGUUCCACCGGCAGCCCCGAGGAGCCCAGCAAGUUCAACAGCUUGCCCCGGAGCAGUCCUCGGCAGGCCCGGCCCACGCUGGCCUGGAUGGAGACUGGGGACCCGAAGGCCCAGGACCCCGGCCAGGCACAUAGACCUCAGGCCUCCGGGGGCCGAAAGGAGGACCCCGAGCCGCCCUCAUCAUCUUGCCAGAGCCAGCUGUCCGCCCUCCGGCCUGAGGACCCUACGCCCGCCUUCCCCCGAGUUCGGCGCAGUGGGGUGAGCAUCCUUCGAAAGAGGAAUAGCGAGCCCGUGGGCCUGGGCCCGGCCCGGUCCCCUCCGCUCUCGCCGUUGGCUCUGGGGAUUAAGGAGCACGAGCUGGUGACAGGGCUGGCUCAGUUCGACCUGCAGGGACCCAAGGGCCCAGAGGAGGUGCCCAGGUUGACCGCGAAUGACCUCAGCUCCAGGGCGCCCGUGUCUCCGGGGGAUGGGAGCGAGCCGUCGCUCAGUGCCAGCCACAGCGGCCUGAGGCCUGUGGGCACAGGUGCCCCGGGCGGUCUCAGCCCAGCCCUGGAGGGGGAGGAGGACCCGGCGGCCCCCGACGAACCCAGUGGCAAGGCUCUAGUAUCUGUGGGCAGCAGCGACCCUGAGAGCAAAGACGCGGGGUCUCUGUUCUACGUCUCGGACGCCACCGACUGCUCGCUGACCCUGGACUGCUCGGAGCCGGGCGAGGCGGGCGCGGGGGAUGGCUCCCUGUCCUCGGGGGCCGGGGAGCCGGGCAGCCAGGUCUCCUCUCACCCCACCUCCAGCCCCGUCGGGGAGGCCUCUGCCCCGGGGUCCGAGGAGAGCCCCCCCGCCCGCAGGGACAGCCUCCCCGGGGACAGGCCCGCCAAGGGGAAGGAUGCGGCGGCCGCCAAGAGGAGCUCGGUCAGAGAAGCGCCCCAGGGCGCCCCCAAGGCCAGCCCCGCCCGGCGCAGCCAGCCGGCGGCCCCCAAGGCCGUGCGCACCCUGACGGCCUCGGAGAGCGAGAGCAUGCGCAAGGUCGUGCCCAUCUCCAGGGCCGGCCGCGCCCCCGGCCCCGCGGGCUGGAAGCGGCCCCCGCGGGAGGCGCCGGGCGGCCGGGGGCCCUCGGACGAGUCUCCGCGGCAGGCCUCGGCGGGGGCGGGGGCGGGGGCGGGGCCGGGGAAGGAGCCCCCCCUGCAGCCGCGGGGCUCGCUCAAGAAGCCCAGCGCCAAGCCCCUGCGGAACGUCCCCAGACAGAAGCCCGAGGAGAACAAGAUCUGCCGCUCCGGCCCGCAGGGCCCCGACAGCCCCGAGGAGGAGCCCCCGGCCCCGCCGGCCCCCAGCGCGCCCCGCGCCCCGCCCCCCGUGCCCAGCUUCGCCCGCAACACGGUGGCCUCCUCGUCCCGCUCGCUGCGCGCCGACCCCCCGCCCGGGCCCAGGGCGCCCGUCUCCAGGGCCGCGUCCCAGCGGCAGCCGAGGCCGAAGGGCGGCCCCGAGGACGCGGCCCCCAGGGACGGCGGCGCCCUGCGGCGGGCCAGCAGCGCCCGGGCCCCCAGGAGGUGGCCGGAGGCGGCGGCGGCGGCGGGGGCGGGGGCGGAGGCCCCCCCGAGGGCCCGGGCGCCCGGGGACCGCGCCUCCCUCCGCCUGAAGCCCUCGGAGCGGGCCGCGCUGGGCAGGAUGCUCGAGCCCCUGCGGAAGUGACGGCGCGGGGGGACCGGCCCAGCUCCUGUCGCUGACGGUGCAGCCGCCCAGGCCCGGGGACCCCCGCCCCCGGAGGCCCCUCCCAGAGCAGGGACCCCGCUCGCGUGCACGGGGGGAGAUGCCGUUCUUACCCGCUGGGUAGAAAGGAAAGAAAAUCUCGGCCAGUUUUUAUAUGUCCAACUUCUUUUUUAAUAUCGCAAAGUAUUUUAGUUCCUUUGCAGAAUGCAACGCCUCCUAGGGGAAGAAACAAACAAACAAACAAAGACAACACCCUCAAUAUGAAGACCUGAUUCUCCCGCGUUCCGGGCCUCGGGUUCCACGUCCCGCUCGCCGUCCGCUGCUGCCGGCUGGACUCCCCGCAAGCCCCGGGCGUCGGGUGCGGGCGUCGGGGUUGGCACCGUCUCCCUGAAGGCCUCCGCCUCACUCAGCUGUGUGGGACUUGGGGUGAGGGUUGCGUGGGAGCAGGAGCGACAGAGCCCGGCCCAGGGAAAUCACUGCGUGGAGAUGGGGUGCUCCCGUGCGUUCAGGGCAGCUGCGGUGGGCAGUGCCUUCCUGCAGACGGAUCGCGGCCUCCCGCAGGAUGCUGGGUCUUCCUGGACUUACAAGUCCCUAUUUUAAUGAAAAGGCAUCAGGGGCUCCUGAGCGGAGCACGUCUUCCCCUUCGUGUUUUCCCAUUUAUGUAUCUGUGUAAAACUGAGUGAAGGCUGCUAAGACUUGGGUUCACUCUCGUUUCGGGGAAGAAUGAACCCUUCCGUCCCUGUCCUCUCCCUCCCUCCUCUCUGCCUGCAGCCAGCCCUCCCUUCUCUUGCCAACCCCACAUGGAGCCUGGAGAGUGUAGAUCUGCGUCCCGGAUGAUACUUGUUAAUGUUGACAUCUCUUCUUUGGUACAGUGGUUUUUAAAUCCUGAGAAAAACCAAACCAAGUUUUUAAAAACAGACCAAAAACAGAAGAAAAACUGCUUUUAGGAGAAUUUAUAUUAUCAGGACAUUUUUGGGGGGGGGAGGCUUUAUUCAAAAGAAAGGAGAGGAAAAAAAACAUUUACUGUUUCUACUCACUGCCCAUUUCACUACUUCCUUUUGAGACUAAUUAGGAAAUGAGGAGAUUCUUGAAACUUUCUUGUUAUUUAAAGUUACUCCCUGCCCUUUUCCACUUUUGGUCACUUAGUGAAACCUUAGUGAAACCUUACUUUAGAUCCAACGGUGGUAGAUGGAUUUCAGCAAAUCCAUGUGGUUGAUGUUCCAGUCUUCAUCCUCAAGAAUGUUGCCUUCCAUCCAAAUUAAUUGGAAAGUUUGAGCUUCCAUAAGUCAGCUAGAUUGAAACGGUAAGCUUUAUGGCUAAAUAAGUAAGGCACCUGAUCACAAAACCUUAUAAAAAUGGCCUUGAGUAGAUAUUUCCUUGGCCCCACAAAAAUGGUUAUGGAAAUCCUGCACUGCUUUUCAUCAUCUCAAAAAGUCUUAAGAAAUCAUAUAUUUAACCACGCAGACAACAACGUUCAAAACAUAGGGCCCAUGGGUGGCUGGAAAUGGAUGAAAGAGGUCAAAAAUUGGUGGAUAGUGGGGUGCCUGGAUGGCCUGGUCGGUUAAGCAUCCGACUCAUGAUUUUGGCUCCGGUCAUGAUCUCAGGGUCAUGGGAUUGAGGCCUGUGUUAGGCUCCGAGCUUAGCACCGAAUCUGUUUGGGGUUCUCUCUCCUUCUGCCCCUCCCCCAACCAAUGUGCACUCUCUCCCCCUCCUCCCUAAAAUUAAAAAAAAAAAAAAAAUUUGUGGAUAUUGGUGGGGUCAGGACCUCCAGGUAGGAUCCUGGCAACCAGGGUUCCAGUCCCUGCUCUGUUGCUAAUGCUAUGUGACUUUGGCAAAUCUCUCCCUCUCCCUAAGCCUCUGCUUCCCAGCCAGAGAAGUGGGAACAUGGCCUCAGUGAUGGUUUCUAGAGGUUUCUCUAGCUCCAAGAGUCCAAGUUACUACAGACAACCAAGACCCAUCUACCCCAGGACCAGCUUCUCCAAACUGACCGCCAGCACCUCCAUAGCAGAGGCCUCAUGUCAAAGGCCUGCUCAGAAGGAAGCACCUUCAGAACAUAUUGUUGCUUUGAAACCUAAUAAGCUGAGUUUCUUGAGAAGCGGGGUUUUACUUAACCCUUGUGGAGCUUCUGUGUAUGCAUCUGUAUGAGCAGGUGAUCAUUCUAUUACCUUUUAUCGGUAGUAAGCUUUGAAAAAUAAUUUAAGUAUAUAAUGGAGAAAUGUAAAUAAGUUUCUAUAUAAGUUGUUUAAGAUGAACUGAAUGUAUUUAAAGGUCCAUUUAUAUGUUCUUUUAUGUAACAUGUAGCUUAAUAAAGUUCCUGUUUAUGGGAGUUGUGGUUUA